AUGGCAAUUACUUUGAAGAAUAAAGCUACUGAGAAGCUCUAUCUCAACGAAAAAUUGGCGGAUGUACAUUUUGCAUUCAAUGUGGGCGAUGAAAUUCGAAAGGUGCCAGCCAACAAAGCCAAUCUGGCCGCAUUAAGUUCGGUGUUUGAUCGCAUGUUCUAUGGAUCGUUGACAGAAGAUGGAGACGUUAAAAUAGUCGAUGCAUCCGUCGAGGCGUUCAAAGAGUUUUUGCAGAUUUUUUAUCUGGGCGAAUUGACGCUAACCAUUGAGAAUAUUGAAACCGUUGCUCGUUUGGCUGAUAAGUACGAUGUUCUUGCGCAUUUCUACGAUUGUGCGACAUUCACUCAAAACGAAUGGACGAUAGACAAUAUAUGCUGGGGACUUCAAAUAGCAUUGUUCCUGAAGAAUCAAACAUUGACCGACUAUUGUGAGAGUAAAAUCAAAGGAUUAACCAAAAAAGUAUUUACAUCGGAUGCAUUUCUACAAUGUGACAAAGAAACACUGGGACACAUUUUGAAGCUGAACUUAUCGUGUGAAUCGAUUGAUGUGUUCAAUGCGUGCAUGGAUUGGGCGAAAUAUGCAUGCAAACUAGAUGGUUUGGAUGAAAAACAGGCGAUUAAUCUACGAAACCAGCUCGGCGACCAUUUAAAGUUGAUUCGAUACGACGAAAUGUCAGUCGAAGAAUUCUCUGAAAUUUACAUAGCAAAUGAAGGACUGUUCACUUCGGAAGAGUUCGCAGACAUAAUGCUUACAUUAACAAUAGAUAAAUAUGAACCGAGAUUAUUCAACCAUAUUCCUUGUCAAUACGCACCGAGCAAAUGGAACAAAUGGAACAAAUUCAAAGAUUUAAAAU